AUUAUCUUACCAUAAAAUUGAAGGGCAAGUCUGAGGUCUUAUUUCCUGGAGGGCGUUUUACGAAUUCCGGAGACCUACGCCUAGUGAGAUGCCAUUCCAAGAUCAAGUUCUUACGAGAUGUACUAUUUAUCAUUCAAAAACCAAAAGGGUGUAAUGUUGUAGCUCCAGGAAAGCACAUUUACUCAUUCACCUUUCGGAUCCCUCUCAAAGCAAUGCCAACGUCCUUUAAAGGUGACUUCGGUAAAAUCUGCUAUACUUUAGAGGCCACGUUGAGCAGAUCAAGGAGGAGGAACAGAAAAGCCUUGAUUGAAUUUCCCUUUAUCUCCAAAGUCAACCUGAAUAAAAACCCUCGCCUGAUGAUACCUCAGCGUGGGGCCACAGAAAAGAAGAUGUUUUUCUCAGGAAAAGUGGGAAUGACUGUUCAUAUCGAGCGACAGGGCUUCUACUUAGGAGAAGAAAUAAAGGUUGUGGCGUCCAUUGAGAAUAGAUCAUCUUGUGUGGUAAAGCCCAAGUAUACACUGUACCAGAAGCAGAGUUUCUUUGCCAGGGGCCGGAUGAAGGAGUCCAUUAAAAAUAUCCUGAAAGAUCUGGGCGAGCGCAUCCCUCCAUCUAAACGACAAACCGUCACUAAACUCAUUAAAAUCCCGCAGAACAUUUCCCCAUCCAUCAAAUGCAGAAACCUCCACUGCGAGUACAAGCUGAAGAUCUACCUUGAUGUACCAUACGCUUUAGACCCAGAAAUCACAUUGCCCUUGGUCCUCCUCCCGGCUGUUCAAAUGCGUGGACAGCAGCCCCCACCGCGCUCCUUGCACUGACUUCGGUUUUAAUUUGUUCGGGAACACAAACACAACGAUGCCAGCAGUUUGCUUGAACAUUUGAAGGUAAAGGGGACACCUGCCUUUCAACCUAUAAAAGCUGCGGUUUGGGUAACCUGAGAGAUGGGGAUGGAGAAAUGUUGGGUUGUUCUUGAGAAUACAACAAAUAAGUUGACGCUUUAAUAAUACUUUAUCACUUAAUAAUGUAAUCUAGUAGUAUUUGGUUUGAAUAGCAAUGUGUUUAAGUGAC